CUUUCUUCAUCAUCAUCUCUCUAUUGAAUUCAAUCCCUUUCGUUAUUUGAAGUCGAAAACACACUCCAGUCAUUCCUUUUAUCAUUUUCAGAGUGUUCACAUACGUCUAACGGGUUCUAAUCAUACAACCACAACAAACGGUACUAUUGACAGAAUCUUCAGAAACACCCUGUGUAAAUUGCAAGAAAAGAAUUACCAAACAAACACGUGAAUUUCUACCAGCUACAAAUGCUUUUCCAGAACGCUAUUAUUCCGAUUGCUUUGGCCUCAGUUGCCCUUGCUGCUGAGCCAACGACAACUUACACGUCGACAAUCUACACCACUUAUACCUUGUUGACUCCUGAGGAAUCUGCUGCUCUUCUCGCUGCUGAACAAUCUUCCGCCAGUGCUGUGAGUGCUGCUUCCGUGGCUUCUAUUGAAUCAGCUGCCUCAGCUGCUUCCGAAGCUUCAGCUGCUAGUGUCCUCUCUGUCCAGUCAGCUGCUUCUGAGGCUUCAGCUGUUUCUGUCGCUUCCGUCCAGUCUUUGGCCAAAGCAGCUUCUGUGGCUUCAGAGGCCUCCGAGGCUUCUGUCGCUUCUGUCGAAUCAGUUGCUUCUAUUGCAUCUGCUGAAUCAGCUGCCUCCGUCGAAUCAGUUGCCUCUGUUGCAUCAGCCGAGUCAGUCGCUUCCCUUGCUUCAGAAUACUCUGUUGCAUCUGCUUCAUCUGCUUCUGAAGCCUCCGUCGAAUCUGCUUACUCAGUGGCAUCUGCUUCUUCUUACGCUGCCGAGUUGGCUUCUAUCUCAUCUGCCUCAGUCGCUUCAGCUUCUGCAAAAUCAGUGGCCUCUGAAUCAUCUGUUUCAGCUUAUAACGCUUCCAUUGCUUCAGUCGCUUCUGUCGCAUCAGUGUCUUCAGCUUUAGAGGCUUCCAUCUCCUCUUCGUUGUCUUUGUCCAGAGCUAACGGUCUCUUGGCCAUUGCUUCAGAUGCUUCAAACUCUACCACUUCUACUUCGUUCAACACUACAACUGCUGUUCCAAGUAGCUCCCUCGAGGAGGUUACAGCUUCUUUGACUUCCAUCUCUUCCUCUGCAACAGUGGAGAGUGCGUCAAACUCCACCAGUGCUUCCACUGGUUUGGCUGCUGUGCGUGAGAUCCCACUUGCUCUCACGGUUGGUGUUUUCGGUAUCGUCUUUGGUGCUUUGCUCUAAUAUUCAUCUUUGCCUGAACACACUACUGCUUUCAACAACAUGAACUUUCAAUACCCUGCCAUUUCCCUCUUUUACACUUGAUUUCCACCAUCACGACCGUCUCCUUGCCUUUUUAUAUUGUCCUUGUCUUUUCUGAUUUGAUGCUUUCCAAUAUGUCCUUUCUUGGUUUAUCAAACCUACUUCUAAUCUCUAUUGGAAUACGCUCGUACUACAACUAUCCUGUGUCGCUUUCGUGAGUGCUCUGAUCCUUUUGUUGUCUUUAGAAUGCUAGCACUUUUGUCCCUUUCGUCCCAAUCUCCUUUGACUUCUUCAAUAUCUUGACUUUUCUAAUGUCAAGAUUGUAUUCAGCUCUAUUUGUUUGAUUUGUUAUACCUUGCUAUUUCUUUUUUAUAUGUGAUAUUUUUGUAUAUUAAAAGGACUUUUAUUUGCGACCGCAACAAC